GCAGUAACGUGGACAAAAAAAUAAACCACCAAAAUGAGAAGGACACAAAAUUGAGGGAAAUAAAACAUAGCGAUAGGGGUGCACAGGCGAAGCAGCAGCGCCACCACAGUAAGGAGAAAAAAACGCACAAGGACUUGGAACAGCUUCCAAGAAAUGAAGCCCCAGAAAGUGACUCAAAUUUUUACUACGAUGAGAAAACGUUUAACGUUUCGCACCUGAACAAGGAACGUCACAGUUGCAAAAAUGGUGGUGAUUCCUCCGAUGAAAAGCAAAGCAUAAAGGGAAUGGUAAAAGGAAAAAGGGUGAGCGGUAGAGAACGAGGCAGAGAAUCAGAUAAAUAUGAACAUGAAAGGGAUACAAAUGGAGGUAUAUACAAAAAUGAACAAAAGUGCAAAUUAAAAGAUGUAAACGCAAGUGUAGAUCUAGAUUUAGAUCUAGAUGAACAGCCCUACGCGCGUGAUGUAAAGCUGCCUGCAGACUUGCUCAACACCAACGAAUCAAAAUCGUCAUCAAAGAAAUACCUCACGCAGAAGGAACGUGAUUAUUUGAACGUAUCCAACUCUUUGUCCAUUGAAAGCUUACACGAAAAUGCAAGAGAAGAAAUGCAGAAUUUCGAAAUGGGAAAUGAAAAAUGUGGGAUAGCCAACACAAAGGGAAAGGAUCAAGUCGUAAGUAACUAUUAUGAUGACGCGUAUGACGCAAAGGGAUCAAUCCAGACAUCACUUAAAGAUAUACCCGAAAUUAAUACGUACCAUUCACUAAACAAUCUGUUACACAAAAAAAAAAUGUAUAUAAACGGGAAACCAAAUGAGAAUUACGCAACAUCAGAAAUAACCACAACAGAUUCUGAAUACUCGAUAGAUGAAAAACUGAGUAUAAAUAUGUCAUAUGAAGAUUUUAAAAAUAAGAAGCAAAGUGAAAUGCUAUCUGUUGUACAGGUCAGCAAAAGUAAAGAGAAGUUACUAAAAGUAGUAAAUAGUAAACACAUUUUAAAUAUUAGGAAGCUGCUAAGAAUAAUGCGAGAAUUUUAUAUAGGAUUUAUUGGUUUACAAUUAAUUUAUUUUAUAACUUAUCUUCUCUUUGGUAACAAUAGCGUCUACUUAAUUCAAAUUGUUUCCAUAUCUUGCACCUUCUUUUCGCUCUUGGAUGCCAAUUACCACGGCUACUUAUUAAAUGGCUUUAUUGACCUCUUUGUUGCAAUUUUUUUAAAUAUAGCUAUUUUAGAAGACAUUUCCGGUUUUUAA